AUGGUCUCCCAUAUAGGAUCCACUAGGUUUGCCCUGUUCCUGCUCUGCUGUUUGGGAACUUUGAUGCUCUCUCAUACGGGACCCAUCUAUCAGCUACAACCAAAAGAAAUACAAGCAAUAAUCGUAGAAUUACAGAACUUGUCUAAGAAACUUUUGGAUGACUACCUGAACAAAGAGAAGGGAGUGCAAAAAUUCGACAGUGACUUGCCGUCAUGUUUCACCUCUGACUCCCAAGCACCAGGCAACAUCAACAGCUCAGCCAUCCUGCCUUAUUUCAAGGCCAUCAGUCCAUCAUUAAAUAACGAUAAGAGCCUUUACAUCAUAGAACAGCUCGACAAACUCAAUUUUCAAAAUGCACCAGAAACAGAAGUUUCUAUGCCUACAGAUAACUUUGAACGUAAAAGAUUCAUCUUGACCAUUUUACGAUGGUUUUCAAACUGCCUGGAACUGGCCAUGAAAACCCUGUGAACAGCACCUAUCCAUACUCUACCUUCUUCUCCAAAUUAUGCCCCAAGCAUCCUUUAA